AUCUGUAAAUUACAUUUUUAAAUAAACUAUUUCAUUGUAUGGUUUGAGUAAAUCACAGUAUCACAACAUUUUUGGUCCUAUUGAUUAGAAACAAUGUUUAAGUCAAUUACUUCAACCAUAUUGUGUAAGCAGCAUAUUCAUUCAGUUCACAUUUAUCAAACACCUAAAAUGUGUUUGAUUGCAAGAAUAGCUCUUUGAUAAUUAUUUAAAAUUAAGGAAUGAAGAAUCUCCAAUAAAUAUUAGGACAUGGAUAUUGUAGGGAGUUCAUUUUCUUCUUCUGGUGUGUAUGUACCCUUUCCUAAUAUGUGUUACCCUGCAACAGUAUUGCAGUUAAGGAGGCCUGUCUGCAUUUAAAUCAAUCUUCCCUUUCAGAGAGGCACAUUGCUCAUGAAUCUUACCGUGUUUCAUUACCCUGGGGUCUCAAAAUUUCAAGGGCCAAAAUAAGAACCCACUCAGAAUAUAGAUUUAGGUGUUGAGAAAGUGAAUGACUUUAAUAGCUAGGUAACAAAUCCUUUUUGCACACCAGAAGUUUUUUGGUUGUUUACUCCCCCCCCAAAAAAAAACUGGAGGGUGACUUAAGGUAUCUGAUAAUUGAUUAUAAAAUAUAUUUUUGUUUUCAGUUUAUAUGCAGAAGAAAUUCAAAGACAAGUAACAUUGCUAGUAAAAAUAUAACAAUAAUACAACCUUCUUCCUUUUCCAUCUACUUAUUUCUGUGAAUGGAGUUUCUCAACAAAUACAUCUAUGAAACUUAAAAUUAGGACCCUGUCUCAUUAUAAUAAUAUUUUUAAUUGAUGCAUAAGCUAGUUUUAAAAACAUAAAAUAUUUAUAGAAAAAAGGUUCUGAAAAGAUGUAUACUUUGGAAAUUUCAGUAUCAUUUAGAAUAAAGCACUAUACUUAAAAUAAUCAUAUAUUAAUGCUUUUUCUCCAUCCUGCCUGUUUCAAUAUUAACCCAUACCAUUCUCCUCUCCUAUCCACAAAAGUAAUAUGAAAAAGAAAGAAGUGUAUUCUUAUUGGCCAGUAAGCUUCAGAAUCCCUAGCUAAAAUAAAAUAGUUUGCUGGCUGAUACAGCUGUAGCAAAUAUAUGAGACUAUACUAAGAAUAUGAGAUUUUACCCAAAAUAUUUGAUAUAUCAGCUCCUCUAUAACAAUAAGAAAUCUGGUGGAUUUUCUGAUUUAAGCAAUGCCAGAACCAAUUUACAUGUAAGCAUAAAAUACAUGGAGAUUACAUUUAGAUAGUAAAAAUCUAUACAGUAAACAUUUUUUUUUCCUUAAAACAUGAGUUCUCAAGAAACUUCAGAUUUGUAUUUGAAACAUUAUUUCUACUCAUAACUCUUUGAGGAACAUGAGUUAUGUGGCCUCACCAAUAUCAGAGGACAUAUGAUCCUAACUUGUAUCUGGAAGUAUAAGAACCAAAUAUUUUGCAUAAAUCACUGAUUUCCACAGCUAGUAGGUGUAUGUAGUCAUUUUUAAAAUUUGACAAUCAUUUGAAUGAAUCCCGUGUGGACUAAGGAAUCAGAAGGGAAAAAUAGAAUAAAUUUUUAAAAUUUAUUUGAAAAAAUAGAAUAAUCUGGCUGCUUAAGUAAUUAUGAAAAAAGAAAACAUAAUUUUCUAAGUUUACCUGCAAUGAAAAUUAGAGUAUAGUUAAGGAGAUUAACAGUUUUAAUAUACCAUAGAUGAUUUGUGCAAGGGAAAAACAUUGUAAAAAAAUAAUCAUUUGCUCUAAAAACAAAAGGAUGGGGGCCUGUCAAAGGGACACAAAAGCCAAUCUGAAAUGAAGGCACUCCCAGUAGCCAAAGUUGUGAUAAUUUGGACAACAAAAUAAACUAUGUAAUAUUGAAUUAUACCCCAAAGUAUAAAAUAUACAUGAAUAUAAUACUUAUUUAAAUAAAUAAUUGAAGAAAUCCAUUUACUAUAUCUACAUAUUCUCUCCUUUGGGUGGCAGAGUUUAAUUUCGCCCACCCUUAUUAACCCUGUUGAGAGUGUACUAGACUUAGUGACUAACUUCCAAAUAAUCGAGUAUGGAAGGGGAAAAAUAGUAACUUUUAGUAGAGAAAUGUGACCAACUCUUCCAUAGCCGAAUGAAGAAGGUUGAAAUCAUUAUUAAAUAGCAAUGUUAGGGGGGCAGGGGCAAUAUGUGUAACUUUAACAUUUGUACCCCCACAAUAUGCUGGAAAAAAAUAAAUAAAAAAAUAGUAAUGUUAUGUGGAUGUUGUGUACCACCAAUAUGAUGUCAUGAGGACACUGCAUCCCUGUGGUAUUCUUCCCCAAAACCCAUAGCCCUAGCCUAAUCAUGAGGAAAACAUCAGACAAGCAUGAUUGAUACCACAAGAUCACGGGAUAUCCAUUCUCCAGGAUACUUGGCCAGUGCUUCUUAAGAUCAUUAAGGUCAAGAAAAACAAGGAAAAGUUUAGAAACUGUCACAGACCAGAGGAAACUGGAGAGACAUGACAACUAAAUAAAUGUGGUAUCCUGGAUUGGAACCUAGAACAGAAAGAGGACAUUAAUGGAAAAACUAGUGACAUCCAAGUAAAGUCUAGAGUUUAGUUAAUAAUAAUGUACCAACAUUAGUUUCUUAGUUUUGAAAAGUGUAACAUAUAAGAUGUUAGCAAUUGGAAAGUGAGUGAGGAGCAUAUGGGAACUCUCUCUACUAUCCUUGCAAAUUUUCUAUAAAUUUACAAUUAUUCUAAGUUUAAAAUUUUAUUAAAAAUUACCUUGUGAUUUAUUUAUUUUAGCAGUUUGAUAAUUAAAUAAUUACCUACACACAUAAGUUUUCAGAAUGUAGAAAUACCUCUAAGGAGUUGAGAAUCACUUUUUCUGCCUCCUUCCCAUUUGUAUUAUAAAUUUCAUUCAUAAUUGGAGAAUCAAAAGCACAAGUGAAUAAUAAUUUAAGUUUCAAGAGCCUAUCACUAUACUUUAUAGCCUGCAGGUUCAAAGCAAGUGGUUCCUGGUUCUUGAGAAUGUAUAACUAUGCCAUUUUAAAUACAUUCACAAACAUACCGCUUUGGACUCAUUCUGUUUUCUAUCCUUGCGAAGUCUCCACCUUUGAACCAUGUGUAAAUGGAACAUUUAUUUUUAUCUCUAAAAGUUGUCAAGUCAUCUGAAUAUGAUUUUUUAUACAGAUUGAAUAAUUUGUUAAAGACAUAAGAAUUAUUUUUCAACACAACCUACAUGUUUGUAAUCAACAUUUUUGGAUCUUGAGUCAAAAAUCCUUGUAUAUAAAAGAUAUUUUAUUAAUUAUUUUGUAUAUAUAAAAUAGGUUGUGAUUAUUUAAAACUAAUGUGUGGUACUUUUAAAGGCAUUGGUUGUCAGACAUAGUGAUUUUUGAGUUAAGACAGGGGAAAUGAAAGAAUAAGUUUCCUUAGGAGUUCAGAAAUGUGGAAAAUAUUUGGUGCAUUUUAUUCAGUAAUAGUGUUAGUAUUAUAGAGCCUUUCUGAAUGGUAUGCAUUGCUUCUCAAUGUCCUAGUCAGCUGUAAUAUACUUUGAUCUAUAAAUUAUUUUUACAAGCUAUCUACUUUAAAAAAGGCUUUGUAAAAAAUAAAUCUCAUUGAAAAGACUGGGAGUGACUAAGAGAUUUAGAGACAUGCAGAAAUAAGAGUGAUAAAACAACAAUUUGUUACUAAAUAGAGAUUUAAACAGUAUGUGAAACAUGCUUCAAGUUAGUCAGAAGAGGUCCUCUGAAUUACACUGUGCAUGCUUCCCUGAAAUGAAACUGUAUGUUAUUGGUUAACCAGGAUAUUUAGCAUAAUCACUCUGCUAGACUGUGGUGGAGGGAGGUGAUUAUCACUGAGAACAGAUGGGCAGGUCCACAGCACUGCCAGAUUCUGCACAAGCUCCAUUUAACGUUGGUUCUUGCUUUUUUCCUUCUGUGUUUUUAAUUUUUUUUUUUAUGCAUUGUGUGUUCUAAAGAACUAGCUGCACAAAAAGUCAGUGGCUGAUGACCUUUCAGCUUAGCUUUCCAAUGUAGAAGAAAGAUUGAAAAUGCUAUCAGUGUGUAUCUAAGAAGGAUGGGGCAGAUUUCAUUUUACCCUCUAGUCUCCCUCAAUGCAUGCACGGAUUUAUCUGUACGCUAAGCUCUCUGCUCUGCAUCUGUAGCUCCUUGCGGAUUAUAUUGUCUCUGUGAUCAGAAAUGAUUUUCUCGGAUAUGAACACCGUUUCUGGCUCCCCUAAAGUGCAUCCUCCUAAUGGGACCCGGUUUUACACUUUUCAAGAAUUUGCUGCCUUGACAAAAGAAUUAAAUGCCUGCAGGGAACAACUUCUAGAAAAGGAAGAAGAAAUAUCUGAACUUAAAGCUGAAAGAAAUAACACAAGACUAUUAUUGGAGCAUUUGGAGUGCCUCGUGUCACGGCAUGAAAGAUCACUAAGAAUGACGGUGGUAAAACGGCAAGCCCAGUCUCCCUCAGGAGUAUCCAGUGAAGUUGAAGUUCUCAAGGCACUGAAAUCUUUGUUUGAGCACCACAAGGCCUUGGAUGAAAAGAUUGUUGCCUUGCGUGAACAAAAUGUUCAUAUACAAAGAAAAAUGGCAUCAAGUGAGGGAUCCACAGAGUCAGAACAUCUUGAAGGGAUGGAACCGGGUCAGAAAGUCCAUGAAAAGCGUUUGUCCAAUGGUUCCAUAGACUCAACUGAUGAAACUAGUCAAAUAGUUGAACUACAAGAAUUGCUUGAAAAGCAAAAUUAUGAAAUGGCCCAAAUGAAAGAACGUUUAGCAGCCCUUUCUUCCCGAGUGGGAGAGGUGGAACAGGAAGCAGAGACAGCAAGAAAGGACCUCAUUAAAACAGAAGAAAUGAACACCAAAUAUCAAAGGGACAUUAGGGAGGCCAUGGCACAGAAGGAAGAUAUGGAAGAAAGAAUCACGACCCUUGAGAAACGUUACCUCAGUGCUCAGAGAGAAUCUACCUCCAUACAUGACAUGAAUGAUAAACUAGAAAAUGAGCUGGCAAAUAAAGAGGCCAUCUUACGGCAGAUGGAAGAGAAAAACAGACAGUUACAAGAACGUCUUGAGCUAGCUGAGCAAAAGUUGCAGCAGACUAUGAGAAAAGCUGAAACCCUACCUGAAGUGGAGGCUGAACUGGCUCAGAGAAUUGCUGCCCUAACAAAGGCUGAAGAGAGACAUGGAAAUAUUGAAGAACGUAUGAGACAUCUAGAAGGUCAACUUGAAGAGAAGAAUCAGGAACUUCAAAGAGCUAGGCAAAGAGAGAAAAUGAAUGAGGAGCAUAACAAGAGAUUAUCCGAUACUGUUGAUAGACUUCUGACUGAAUCUAAUGAACGCCUACAGCUACACUUAAAGGAAAGAAUGGCUGCUCUAGAAGAGAAGAAUGUUUUAAUUCAAGAAUCAGAAACUUUCAGAAAGAAUCUUGAAGAAUCUUUACAUGAUAAGGAAAGAUUAGCAGAAGAAAUUGAAAAGCUGAGAUCUGAACUUGACCAAUUGAAAAUGAGAACUGGCUCUUUAAUUGAACCCACAAUAUCAAGAACUCAUCUAGACACCUCAGCUGAGUUACGGUAUUCAGUUGGGUCCCUGGUGGACAGCCAGUCUGAUUACAGAACAACUAAAGUAAUAAGAAGGCCAAGGAGAGGCCGCAUGGGUGUGCGAAGAGACGAGCCAAAGGUGAAAUCACUUGGGGAUCAUGAGUGGAACAGAACUCAACAAAUUGGAGUACUAAGCAGCCACCCUUUUGAAAGUGACACUGAAAUGUCUGAUAUUGAUGAUGAUGACAGAGAAACAAUUUUUAGCUCAAUGGAUCUUCUCUCUCCAAGUGGUCAUUCUGAUGCCCAGACUCUAGCCAUGAUGCUUCAGGAACAAUUGGAUGCCAUCAACAAAGAAAUCAGGCUGAUACAAGAAGAAAAAGAAUCUACAGAGUUGCGCGCUGAAGAAAUUGAGAAUAGAGUGGCUAGUGUGAGCUUGGAAGGCCUGAAUUUGGCCAGGGUCCACCCAGGUACCUCCAUCACUGCCUCUGUUACAGCCUCUUCACUGGCCAGUUCAUCUCCCCCCAGUGGACACUCGACGCCAAAGCUCACGCCUCGAAGCCCUGCCCGGGAAAUGGAUCGGAUGGGAGUCAUGACGCUGCCAAGUGAUCUAAGGAAACAUCGGAGAAAGAUUGCAGUGGUGGAAGAAGAUGGUCGAGAGGAUAAAGCAACAAUUAAAUGUGAAACUUCUCCUCCUCCUACCCCUAGAGCUGUCAGAAUGACGCAUACCCUCCCUUCUUCCUACCACAAUGAUGCCAGAAGUAGUUUAUCUGCCUCUCUUGAGCCAGAAAGCCUUGGGCUUGGCAGUGCCAACAGUAGCCAAGACUCUCUUCAUAAAGCCCCCAAGAAGAAAGGAAUCAAGUCUUCAAUAGGACGUUUGUUUGGUAAAAAAGAAAAAGCUCGACUUGGGCAGCUCCGAGGCUUUAUGGAGACUGAAGCUGCAGCUCAAGAGUCCCUGGGAUUGGGCAAACUCGGAACUCAAGCUGAAAAGGACAGAAGACUAAAGAAAAACACAUCUGGGCAUGAACUUCUUGAAGAAGCUCGGAGAAAGGGAUUACCUUUUGCCCAGUGGGAUGGGCCCACUGUGGUCGCAUGGCUAGAGCUCUGGUUGGGAAUGCCUGCUUGGUACGUGGCAGCCUGCCGAGCCAACGUGAAGAGUGGUGCCAUCAUGUCUGCUUUAUCUGACACUGAGAUCCAGAGAGAAAUUGGAAUCAGCAAUCCACUGCAUCGCUUAAAACUCCGAUUAGCAAUCCAGGAGAUGGUUUCCCUGACAAGUCCUUCAGCUCCUCCGACAUCCCGAACUCCUUCAGGCAACGUUUGGGUGACCCACGAAGAAAUGGAAAAUCUUGCAGCUCCAGCAAAAACGAAAGAAUCUGAGGAAGGAAGCUGGGCUCAGUGUCCGGUUUUUCUACAGACCCUGGCUUAUGGAGAUAUGAACCACGAGUGGAUUGGAAAUGAAUGGCUUCCCAGCCUGGGGUUACCUCAAUACAGAAGUUACUUUAUGGAAUGCUUGGUAGAUGCAAGAAUGUUAGAUCACCUAACAAAAAAAGAUCUCCGUGUCCAUUUAAAAAUGGUGGAUAGCUUCCAUCGAACAAGUUUGCAGUAUGGAAUUAUGUGCUUAAAGAGGUUAAAUUAUGACAGAAAAGAACUAGAAAGAAGACGGGAAGCAAGCCAACACGAAAUAAAAGAUGUGUUGGUGUGGAGCAAUGAUCGAGUUAUUCGCUGGAUACAGGCAAUUGGACUUCGAGAAUAUGCAAAUAAUAUUCUCGAGAGUGGUGUGCAUGGCUCACUUAUAGCCCUCGAUGAGAACUUUGACUACAGCAGCUUAGCUUUAUUAUUACAGAUUCCAACACAGAACACCCAGGCAAGGCAGAUUCUCGAAAGGGAAUACAAUAACCUCUUGGCCCUGGGAACUGAACGGAGACUAGAUGAAAGUGAUGACAAGAAUUUCCGACGUGGAUCGACUUGGAGAAGGCAGUUUCCUCCUCGUGAAGUACACGGAAUCAGCAUGAUGCCCGGGUCUUCAGAAACGUUGCCAGCUGGAUUUAGGUUAACCACAACAUCUGGGCAGUCAAGGAAAAUGACAUCGGACGUUGCUUCAUCAAGAUUGCAGAGGUUAGACAACUCCACUGUUCGUACAUACUCAUGUUGACAAGCCACUCAAAGGAGGCAGCACUGACCUGCUAUGUCGUCUUUUCAGUCUACUCUACCUAAAGUGCACUACCAUCUAUGAAGAAGAGCAGUGAAAAUCUUUGUGAAGACUGAAUUCUAAGAAAAUAACAACAAAGUGGCGAUUUAUUAAAAGCUGAAAAAUGUGAUUUUGGGGGAGUCAGAUAUUAAGUUUGAUUAGUUUACUACAAUUGUAAUAAAAUGCUUAAGUCAUUUGAAUAAUAAACAUUACCCACAUCAUAAAUUCUGUACAACAGAUGCUUUUAUGAAAUGAAGCCACUUGUUUUUUCAUGUUUUAUUGUAAUAUACUAGACAUUUAUGUAUUACUGUGUAUUUCUUUUUAAAUGUGUCUUAUGUAAAUGGAUAUAAAUAUGAUUUUUUAAAAAAUAAAAUAUAUGGUUCAUGGAGUCUCAAGUGCAAACAUUUGACAAUUCCAAGUACUGUUUGUAUUUUACCAUUCCACCAUUUUUACAGUUUUUGAAUUGUAACAGUCAAAUCAAUGUUUCCUUGAAGCAUGGGUCAUGCUUCAACAUGUUUCUCCUUCAAUCUGUCAAUACUUAAAGCUGAACACCUGCCUCUGAUUAUGUAAAAAAGAAUGAUUUAACCUGGAACUGGAGCCAAAAAUAGACCUUUAAAGGCAAUCAGGGAUGUCCUAUAUCUUUAGAAAUAGCACUGUGAUGGCUCGAUCUCCUUUUCAAUACAAAACAAAGCCAAACUGUUUACAAGAGUCAAAAGCAAUUAUUUAAAAAUUUAUAUAAAAAAAAACCAUUAUCUUCUCUUGUUACCUGUGGACCAAGGGGGGAAAAACUUCUUUACUAAGAACCAUGUGUUCAUUCAAAUAUCUUGAACCGCCAGCCAGCACUGGACAGUGAAUGUCAACCACUUCAGAGUCUGAGGCUUAUUUCCAAUGGAAAAAAACAAAACCCCAGAAACCCUUUCCUUCUGUCAUUAUAACAGGGCAUUAGCAAGACUCAUGUCUAAUGUUAUAAGCUUUUAGCCGAGAUGGCCUUGUUGCGACUUCCCUGAAGUCAGUUUUAUCAGAGGAAAUAAAUGAAAGACAGAAUGAUUAACAUAUAUAGUGUAUAAAAGUAUAGAAGAGUAAUCUCUUCCCUGUGGCUUUAUUUGGUGGUGUUACUGUUGUUUAUUCCUUGUUUAUAUGGGAGAUUUCAAAGUAAAACCUAUUUAAUAAUACCAUUUAUCUAACUGCUGAUUUUCUUCUGCUGCUUGAUCUUACUAAGCGCAAGACCUGUCAUUAGUAAUUUCUCUUUUGUAUUUUAAUUUGCUAUGUUUGCACGUACAUUACAUUUGUUUUGAUGUCUAUUUUUGUUUAACAGAUUCAGUCAAAAGGUAUGGUAACAGAAACCCUCUCCAUUGUCAAUAAAAAAAAUACUUCCA